AUGGCGAUGCACAACAAGGUGGCCCCGACACAGAUCCCAGACACCUGGUGGGCGGUGGCAGAGCUCACGAAGUGGAAGCAGAAGCUGGAGGAAACACUGGCAAACUUGAAGAGACAGAUCUAUGCUUUUGAAGGAAGCUACUUGGAAGAUACUCAGGUGUAUGGCAAUAUUAUUCUUGGCUAGGAUCGCUAUCUGACCAACCAAAAAAACAAUAGCAAAAAUGAUCAAAGGAACGGGAAGUUUAAAGAAGCCGAGUGGCUCUUCACUAAAUCGUGGGUCAGUCAACAGCUGCCGUUAAGUACGUUGGCAGGAGUUCAAGACCAGCUCAUUGAAAAGAGGGAGCCAGGAAGUGGGACAGAAAGUGACAUUACUCAGGGAGUCAUCAUAGCAGCCAAUAAAAACCAACACAGGUCAGUGGCAGGUACCCUCUCCCUGCAGCUCCAAUGA